AUGGCCGACAACAACCCCAACGCGGGAAACCUCCCCCCGCCGCCCCAGGGCAACACUGGCGCACCUGGCUUCGACAAUAAUCAGAACGGCCAGUCAAACCCUUCCCACAUGCCGCCUCCGCCGCUGCACAUUCCCCAGAACACCAACCCCAUCCCCACGGCCAUCACCUCCCCCAUGGGCGCUGGAGACAAGAUGAUGUCGCCCACCAGCGCCGCCGCCUUCGCUCGCCGAGCCGCCCCGGAGCCGAACAAGCGUGCUCUCUAUGUUGGAGGUCUUGACCCCCGCGUGACUGAGGAGGUCAUGCGCCAGAUCUUUGAAACCACUGGCCAUGUCCAGAACGUCAAAAUCAUCCCUGAUAAGAACGCUAAGGGUUUCAACUACGGCUUUGUCGAGUACGAUGACCCGGGCGCAGCCGAGCGAGCCAUGCAGACCCUAAACGGAAGACGGGUUCAUCAGUCGGAAAUCCGCGUCAACUGGGCCUAUCAAUCCAACACCACCAACAAGGAAGACACCUCGAACCAUUUCCACAUCUUCGUCGGUGAUCUGUCCAACGAGGUCAACGAUGAGGUGCUGCUUCAAGCGUUCUCCGCCUUCGGUUCCGUCUCCGAGGCUCGGGUGAUGUGGGACAUGAAGACGGGCAGAUCGCGUGGUUAUGGCUUCGUUGCCUUCCGCGACCGCCCCGAUGCCGAGAAGGCCCUGAGCUCAAUGGAUGGCGAAUGGCUCGGAUCUCGUGCCAUCCGGUGCAACUGGGCAAACCAGAAGGGCCAGCCUUCCAUUGCCCAGCAGCAAGCAAUGCAGGCUAUGGGCAUGACACCGACCACUCCUUACGGCCAUCACCACUUUCCUACGCACGGCAUGCAGAGCUUCGACAUGAUUGUCAACCAAACCCCAGCCUGGCAGACGACCUGCUAUGUCGGAAACCUGACUCCCUACACGACCCAAAACGACCUCGUUCCGCUUUUCGCCAAUUUCGGCUAUGUCGUCGAGUCGCGUUUCCAGGCCGAUCGUGGUUUUGCCUUCAUCAAGAUGGACACGCACGAGAAUGCCGCCAUGGCUAUUUGCCAGCUUAACGGGUACAAUGUCAAUGGACGGCCUUUGAAGUGCAGCUGGGGCAAAGACAAGACUCCCAACCCGCAGGGUGGUUUCGACCCGAGCCAGCAGGGGUACAGCCCUCAGAGCGCCCAAGGACCUGGUUACCCGGGCACUCCCUCGACCUACUUCCCUCAAUAUGGAAAUGAAGCAGCGCAAUUCAGUGGCCAGCAGGGCAACUUUGCUGGCCCUUCGGCCCAGUCUCCCGCUGGCUACGGAGGACAGCCUGCCAUGGGAUACACCGGCCCCCCGAGUGCUGGCGGCUACGGCCGUGGACAGCAGCCUCCUAACCAGCAGUGGGCUCAGGGCCCCCCGGCCCAGAACUUCAACAACGGUUUCGCCGGCUAUCAGGGCUGA